AUGGAGAAAAUCAUCCACGACUUCUACUCUUAUCUCUUCGACAGCUAUGUUCACUCACCAUCUGAGAGGAUUGAAAAAGUCUUGGAUGAAGGACAGCCAUGCGAGCAAGCAGGGUUUCGAAAAGGAUUCAGCACUAUUGACCACAUUCACACUGUUUCGAAACUCAUAGAGUUAUCACGAGAGGACAAGAUGCCGCUUUGUCUCACCUUCAUCGACUUGAAGAAGGCCUUCGACUCAUUUGAGACGGAAGCAGUCAUGGAAGCCUUGGACAAGCAAGGCAUCCUCACUCAGUACAUAAAGACACUUAGGGAGUUUUACAGUGAAGAGAAAAUCCAACAGGUUGAUACAAUCUCACCUAAAAUAUUCACCCUCGAGAACGCAAUGCGAAAGCUUGAAUGGGACGACAUGGGAGUGAAGCACCUAUCAAGCGGAACGAAUGUGAACGAAUUCGAUGAAACAUGUGGUGGCAUCGGUCUUCAGCUGAAUCUGCGAAAGAUGGGUAACGGAUGGGUCUCGAAUGCCCCAUCCACGAUCAACGGAACGAACAUAUCCGAAUGCAUCAGCUACGUUUAUCUGGGUCGGAAAUUGAACAUGAUGAACGAUCUGACUCCCGAACUGGGCAAGAGAAAACGAGCAGCUUAUAGAGUUUAUAAGAUCAUCGAAGAAAUAGUGAGGAAGACCAAGAACACUUGUCUCCGUGCUCAUCCCUUCAGCACCACCGUACUUCCUGCUUUGACCUAUGGUUCGGAAAACUGA